CGCUCCUGAAAAGACCGUCCCGGAGUGCCUGCAAGUUCGCACAUGCACAGACACGCGCUUCCCAUUUCAUAAGUGACCUAGUUUACUUCCAGGAGGUGAAAACAGGGACUGAUAAAAACGGAGGAGUCGAGGCAGGAGCGUGUCUGUGCGCUUCGUCUCUGCGUGCCGCACCUGCGCAGGUAAAACCCGAACUGAGCGCGUCCACGGCGGGGAGCAAGCUGCGCACCAUGGCCGCAGGUCUGGAGUUCGAGUCCGUGUCCAGAGGGUUCAGGUCCAUGUUCUUCAUGCUGAGCCCGAACGAGUCGUCCUACGAGAAAGUGGAAGAUGUUCCUCAGUAUGUGCAGCAGGCCUUCCCUUUCUUUGUGGGGCUGAUGCUGCUGGAGCUGGUGGUGGGCGUGGUGAAGACGGGGGGUCCGGUGGUCACCAUCAGCGAUGGGAUCACCUCCAUUUCUGCCGGGAUGAUCUCCAGACUCCCACUGCUGCUGAUGAGAGGCUGCGAACUGACUGCCUACAUGUACGUGUGGGACCAUUUCCGCCUGCUGGAGCUGCCCUGGGACUCCGCCUGGACCUGGUGGCUCACCUUCCUGGGCGUGGAUCUGGGCUACUACUGGGUUCAUCGCUCCGCUCACGAGGUGGCUGUCCUCUGGGCUGCUCACCAGGUUCACCACAGUUCAGAGUAUUACAACCUCAGCACCGCCCUCAGACAGUCCGCCACCCAACAGCUCGCCUCCUGGAUUUUUUACCUCCCAUUGGCUCUGGCUGUGCCUCCAUCCGUCUUUGCAGUUCACAUACAGCUCAACCUCCUCUACCAGUUCUGGAUCCACACCGAGUUGGUCAGAGACCUGGGACCUCUGGAGUGGGUCUUUAACACUCCGAAACACCACAGAGUGCAUCACGGAAGAAACGAAUACUGCCUUGACAAGAACUACGGCGGGGUUUUGAUCAUCUGGGACCGAUUGUUCGGAACGUUUGCUCCAGAAACAGACAAAGUCAUCUACGGCCUGGUGGUUCCCAUCAACACGUUUGAGAACCUCUCCAUCCAGCUGCACUAUUAUUACAAUUUGUGGGAGAGGUCCAAGCUGUACAAAAGCGUCAAGCACAAGUUCUUGACUUUCUUGAAUGGUCCGAGUUGGAAACCGGGCAAAACUCGCCUGGGCGACCAUGAUGACAAUCCCAAGGUUACCGGAAAGGAAGUUCCUCACGAUCCCAGUUGGACUCUGCCUCUGCAGGUUUAUGUGGUCGUACAUUUCCUGCUGGUGCUGAAGACUUACCACGAGGUGUUUGAAAACAAAGAGAUGCUGUCCCAGCUCACCAUUCUGGGUAUGACCGGCUACAUCCUGCUCACCCUCACCUCUCUGGGCUAUCUCAUCGACCAGAGACCGACGGCAGCUGUCCUGGAGAUGCUUCGCUGCGCCGUCAUGAUGACGGUGCAGAGGUACGGCUACAUAACGCCCCUCCUGCCUUUGCUAGCUGUGCCCACUGAGGCCUUUGUCUCCCUCUCUCUGCUGUACUGGGCUCUGCAGAGCAUCUCUCAUCUGCUCGUCAUCAAGAGGAAAGGCGACUGAGUCGACUCCAGACGACACCAGAGGAAAACUUUCACUGCUUUUCAAGAUCCUUUUUUUUUUUCCUUGGAUAUUCCACUGCUCAGACGCCACCUAUAGUUACUGUGUGAAAUUAACCACGACGCUGCGGUGCUAAUUAUUGACUAAAUACUAAUAUAUUUGACUGAAGCUUCUAUGCAACUGUAUAUCUUUUAUAAAACAAGUGCUCUUCAUUUCAGUUUUAUGCAGCAAUAUUGCACAAUGCUGUACAACACUAUUGUUUCCCACUCCUUAA